UAGUUGGAUAAUUGGAUGAUUCAUGAUUGUGUCCCAGUCCAAUUAGAACCAUUAUUUUUUGUAAUAAAAAAAAAAGUGAUUAAAAGUUACAGUAAAUCUUGUCUUCAUGCAGAUAAAUAGCUUACUAUAAAAAUUAUUUUGGGUAAAAUCACAUCUAUCUAUAUCUAUCCAUUCUUCUCUUUUGACUUAACAUCAACAUAAAUUUUCCAACUACAAUCAGGAAAAAUGAAGCAAAUGGAUUAUUUGAAGAUGAAGACAGAGGAUGAAUUUCCAAGUAAUCAAUUGAGUUCAGAUUUGAAGGAGGUGCAUAAUGCUGCUAAAAAGCUUGCUUCUGAUGUUAUCAAGCUUGGUGGUUUGGGUUUUGGCACCUCUUUUCUUCAAUGGAUUGCUUCCUUUUCUGCCAUUUAUUUGUUGGUUUUGGAUCGCACGAACUGGAAGACUGAGAUCCUAACCGGACUCUUAGUGCCUUACAUUUUCUUCAGCCUCCCUGGGAUUUUGUUCAACUUUCUGAGGGGAGAGAUUGGAAUGUGGAUUGCUUUCGUCACUGUCAUAUUGCGUGUUUUCUUUCCACAACGCUUCCCUGAUUGGCUGGAGCUGCCAGGUUCUGUCAUUCUCAUCAUAGUGGUAGCUCCGAGUUUGUUAGCAUCCUAUGUCCGUGGUGGUUGGAUUGGCGCAGGAAUAUGUUUGGCGAUUGGGUGUUACUUGCUGCAAGAACACAUUCGAGCAUCAGGAGGGUUUAGGAACUCCUUCACAAGGGCUAACGGGGUAUCAAACACCGUAGGCAUAAUCCUUUUGCUGGUCUAUCCAGUUUGGUUUCUGAUAGUCAACAUUCUCUAAUCUGCUUGAAUUCUUCUGUGGCUUGUACAUUUGUUGGCUGUUUUUACAUGUACAAGGCUUAGUAUCUUAUCAUUGUUUGUUACUGCAUUUAAAUUUUUGUGCUGAACAUGCUUUAAUUUCAUUUGUUUGUACCUAAUUUUUAAGAGUCAAAUAAAAUUUAUGUGGAUUCUUAAGCUUUUGUCA